CUUUGCUCAGGGGAUAGUUUUGCAUUGUAGGGUUCUGCCCGAGGAGAUCGAGGAUGUGACUGGCCCGGCCGGCGGCGCCAGAGGAGAAUGUUCUCCCUCCUGGGCGCAACGACCCUGGUGCUGGUUGCUGGGGCGCCGUGGACUUUGCCCGCAGCCGUAGGGGGAAUAAAUCUAAAAUCUCCUCAAAAUGUAGAGGUCCACAUCAUUGAUGACACCUUCACCCUGAGUUGGAACAGGAGCGAUCUGGCUGUCGGCAACGUGACUUUUUCAGCAGAUUAUCAAGUACCCAGAAACGAUACUUGGUUAAAAUUGCCUGGGUGUCAAUCUAUUACUAGUACCAAAUGCAACUUUUCUUCACUCAAGCUAAAUAUUUAUGAAGAAGUUAAAUUGCGUAUAAGAGCAGAAAAAGGAAACGACACUUCUCCAUGGCAUAAUGUUGACGCGUUCACCCCAUUUGAAAAAGCUCAAAUUGGUCCUCCCAAAGUACAUUUAGAAGCCGAAGAUAAGGCAAUAAAAAUAAACAUCUCCCCCCCUGGGGCAAAAGACGGCAUCAUGUGGGCUCUGGACAGUUCCAGUUUUACAUACAGCUUAGCUAUCUGGAAAAACUCUUCAAGUGCAGAAGUAAGGACUAAAACUGUUUACCCCAGAGAUAAAAUUUAUCAACUCUCACCAGAAACUACCUACUGUUUAAAAGUUAGAGCAAGACUUUUGCCGAGAAAAAUUGGUGCCUAUAGUCCAGUGCAUUGUAUAAAGACCACAGUUGAAAAUAAGCUGCCUCCACCAGAAAACAUUCGAAUUGAUGCGAAAAAUGACAUCUAUGUUCUUAAGUGGGAUUAUGCAUAUGAAAACGUGACUUUCCAAGCUCAGUGGCUACAUGCCUAUUUUAGGAAGAUUCCUGGGAGCGAGUCAGGUAAAUGGAGACAAAUAUCAGACUGUGCAAAUGUCAAAACUACCCAGUGUGUCAUUCCUCAAAAUACUUUCCAAAAAGGAAUUUACCUCAUCCGUGUUCAAGCAUCUGAUGGAAACACCACGUCUGUUUGGUCUAAAGACAAGAGAUUUGAUCCUCAGUUACAAAGUGUCCUCGCUCCUCCCGUCAUUAACAUGAAAUCCACUAAUGACGUUUCCCUGCGGGUCUACAUCAGCGCUCCAGAGGAGUCCGAAAACAAGUCCGUGAACCAGCAUUACUCAGUAAUUUAUGAAAUUGUGUUUUGGGAAAACAUUUCAAAUGCUGAGAGAAAAACUCUAGAGAAAAGAACUGACUUGACUUUUCCUAACUUGAAACCGCUGACUGUAUACUGCGCCAAAGCCAGAGCACUUACUGCAGACGAAAGAUGGAAUAAAAGCAGCAUUUUUAGUGAUCCCGUGUGCGAGAAAACAAAAGCAGGAAAUACUUCCAAAACGUGGCUCAUAGCUGGGAUUUGUGUCGCAUUAUUGUCCAUCCCGGUUGUCAGUUACGUUCUGAAGCUUCUCCUGCGGUGCAUCCGUUACGUGUUCUUUCCAUCAAGUAAACCUCCUUCCACGAUACAUGAGUACCUCUCUGAGCCGCCCCUCCGGAACCUCCUCCUUUUCACUUCCGAAGAGCAAACUGAAAGGUGUUUUAUCAUUGAAAAUACAAACAUUCUCACUGCAGUGGAAGAACCUGAUCAAGCUGGUGAAGAUCACAAAAAAUACAAUUCCCAAACCAGUCAAGAUUCUGGAAAUUAUUCGAACGAAGACGAAAGCAAUGGCAGCAAAUGUGGCGAAGACUUCCCGCAAGAGGAAGCUGAGUGACCAGAAGCGAGCUCUGAAAUGUCCGGGAUCGCGUGGGGGCCGCGCCAGAGGCCUGAGCUGCUCCGCUGGGAAGGAAGGCAUCUCCAGGUAACAGGUCCUAAACCGCAGGCAAGCCCUUGACUGAGUGGUAUUUGCAAAUGACGGAACACAGCCGGGGACCCAAGGUUUCUGAACUCUUUCCCAGCGCAGAGCCGAGAAAGGCCUGCCGCCACCGCACCUGCCUUUGGUGCAACGGGUGAAAUCCACAAGGUGCUCCCCGUCCUUCCAAUGAUACUUCCAGCACCACCAUGCCAACUGCUUCGUGGCAAAGGGUGGUUCGCUGUGUUCCCGGCCGGUAGCACUGUCACCGUGCCGCCUGUGGCCACGCAUGUCACCCAUUCGUCCUCCAGCCUCCAUUCCCAGUAUGAUGGUUCGGGAUUUUUCAGGAGAUGUUUAGACACUUAUGUAGGCCUUUAGGAGAUUUCUUUAGAAAAGCCGGGUACCGUUCCCACUGGCUUUCGGAAAAACAGCUUACUCUAGAAGACAUCCGUAGACGCUAGGAACAGGAUCCGUGAGAUUUUCAGGGGCCUUCUGUCCACGUAUCCCCCAAACCCUGGCUCUGCAUCACCGUUAUCUUUCCCUUCUGUGGUUGAGCCUUCAAAACAUGUAACCUUUUACUAGACAUUAACGCUUCCUGAUUCAGAACGUAAUUCACAACCUAGCAGAAUAGUAGCUUCUGAAGUUACAGAGAAAGGGCAAACUGUCUAAUCAGAGAAGUUAUGAUUUAUUUUAACAGAAGGAAGUAUGUAGAGGUUAGCCAGAAAACGCAGGAAACCUUGGGACCAGAAAAUGCUACUGACAGCGUAAGAAGUAGAAAACAGUUCAGUAAGAGGAAAGCAGAUCGCGUUACUGAAAAAUAAGAGUAAUGUGUCUAAUCAAUUCUUCAUUAUUAACGUGCUGUGCAGUUCCUGGUUGCUAAGGCUCAUCUGUCUUUUUUUUUUCUUUCUCAGUUUUAUUGAGAUAUAAUUGACCUGUCCCUUACCUGUGUCGUGUUUGAAACCGGGCCAGCUUCUCUGGGCCGUGUGACUGUAUUCAGACAUCCCUUCUGUUAGGCUUGCAUGUGCUAAAGAAAAAGAAAAUGUAUUAUCAAGGUGAGGAAGAAAAUGUAACUGGAAGGAAAACCUAUUUUUAAGAACUCUGUAUCUUUCAGGGGCACCUGGGUGGCUCAGUCGGUUAAGUGUCCGGCUUCGGCUCAGGUCAUGAUCUCACAGUUUGUGGG